AUGGUAGGAAAAAUAUGUGAAAUGUGGAGAGAAAUGAAGGGUGUAAUGGCAAUGGUGGUGGUUCAGAUAGCUACGGCAGGAUUGAACAUUUUAUUCAAGCUUGCGGUGGCUGAUGGUAUGGAACCGAGAGUUCUCGUGGCCUAUCGUCUCGUCUUCGCUACAAUUUUCAUGCUUCCCUUAGCCUUCUUCUUUCAAAGGGAGAAGAGGCCAGAGUUCACAUGGAGUUUGUGCUUACUAGCACUUCUCUCGGGGUUACUUGGUUCGGUGAUACCGAGUACCCUAGCCGUGACCGGAAUCGCUCUGACAUCAGCAACAUUCGCUUCUGCUGCUGGCGUUCUUAGUCCCUUGGUCACUUUCGCCUUGGCUGCACUUCUUAGAAUGGAGAGUGUAGGGCUAGGAUCGAGGCAAGGGAAUGCUAAGGUAUUUGGGACAGUGCUUGGCGUUGGUGGAGCUCUUGUCUUUAUAUUCUACAGAGGAAAAGACAUUUAUCUAUGGUCAACUCACGUUGACUUAGUGAACCCUAAACCACGUGAUGAUGCUACCACCCACAAAGUUUCCAUAAUCGGUGCUCUUUCAGUUUUUGGCGGUAUUUUUUCCUACUCACUUUGGCUAUUGUUGCAGGUUAAAGUAAGCAACCGAUUUGGAGGGCCUUAUUGGAACGCAACGCUAAUGAACAUGAUGGGAAGUGUAGUCGCUGUACUUGUUGCUCUUUGCUGGGAUAUGAAUUUGAAGGAAUGGAGAUUAGGAUGGAAUAUCAGACUCUUAACAAUUGCUUAUGCGGCAAUUUUGAUAUCCGGGAUGGUGGUAGCAGUCAACGCAUGGUGCGUGGAGUCUAGAGGGCCGUUAUUUGUAUCGAUAUUUAGCCCUAUAGCACUUGUGAUCGUAGCCCUUGUUGGAUCAUUUUUUCUAAAUGAAACACUUCAUUUGGGAAGCAUAAUCGGUACAGUAAUUAUCGUGGGAGGAUUGUACCUUGUGCUUUGGGGUAAAAACAAGGAAAUGAAGAGUAACUCUACGACAUCGGAUCAUAUUGAAACAAAUAAGACUAGCAAAGACGUCACCCUCAAGACUCUCCCCAAUUUAAAGAUCAAUCUUCACGAUGAGCUUGAUAUUAUGAGGCUAAACCGACCUUAUUGGGAUACCGAUACCGAUUGGAUCACUCUCCAUCUUAUCAACUCACCGACAAGUAACCGGUUCAAUGAUGAUCUAGUUAAUCAUACCCAAGAUGUAUUCACUGAUGUCAUGCCUAACGAACGGAUCGGUCCACCACCAGCCUCGCAAUCCGCCAUCGAGGCUGUAAAGAGGGUGGUAAUCGCGGAAGAUGAUUUGGCGAAAGAGAAGGUUUGUGCGAUAUGCAAGGAGGAGUUUGAAGUUGGAGAGGAAGGAAAAGUGUUGAAAUGCAUGCAUUUGUAUCAUUCAAGUUGCAUUGUGUCUUGGUUGAAUAUUCACAACACGUGUCCCAUUUGUCGCUUUGAGGUUAACUUACGUGUUUCCGAAAAUAGCGUAGACGGUGGAGGGUCUCAAAACAUCUACAAUGAUCGAUCAAAUCGGUUUCGGACUCGUGUUUGUUCUUUCUGGCCUCUCCGAAUGAUGUUUGAUUGGGUACAUAGCCUCGUCGGUAAGAUCCCUCCUCCUGAUCUAACUUUUAUGGCUAUCCUAUUAUGCUUUUAUGUUUUUUAA